GUUGCGCCACUUCGCUGUUUGUUUACUGGUCCAUUGGCCGUAUUAUUAUGUGGAUAUUGCCCUUUUGCUGGCAGAUCAUUAUUUUUAAAAUUAUUAUAAUUAUGUACAAUGGCCUGUCCUGUCAAUGACAUUAGUCAGAGACCUCUUCAGAAUGCUAUGCGACUCGUUAAAGUGGCUAUUCAGUUGGAUUCGGGUAACAGACAUAAGGAAGCUUACUGUGAAUACUUGAGGAGUGUCAACUACAUCUCUCAUGUCCUGCUUCAGGAUGCAGCAUUUAAAGCUGUGGGAGAGAUUGAGGAAGUGGAAGUGGAGAAGAUGGUAAAGUUGGCUGAACAGUGCUUAGAGAGAAUAAAAUCCUUUAUAGAAAAGAGAAAUGAAACUUCUGUUCUUAAUUCUUCUACAACCCCAGUCCAGGCAUCAUCACUUGCACAGAUAACCCCUGAAACCAAUACCAAAACAUCAGGGACUUUCAAUAAAGCAGUGAUGGACUUGAGUAAAUUAUACCCGAUCGAGCAGAACUCUCGACAUCGCAGAGCGCUCUCAGAAGGUAAGGGGGAAGACUGUCCUUUCCUGCCCCCUGAACUAUUCCAGAAGCUGCAAGUUGUGGAGUCACAAGACAUCAAAAAAGAAUUAACACCUAUUGAGGAGGCUUCAUGUCUGAACCAGAAACUAAAAGCUAAUUAUGAGGCACGUCUGGCACGACUUGCCCCUGGUCAGGCCACACAGAAAACAUCACUGACUCUCUCUCUUCAGAGACAAAUGAUGGAGAACCUGAUUAUAGCCAGAGCCAGACAAGAUGCUCUCCAAAGGAAGAUGGAAGAGAGAAGACUCAGGCUGCAGGAGCAAGCCAACAGGAAGUUUUCUUCUUCUGCAAUUAUGACACCUGAGGAGCAGGAGCAGCGAGUUCUGUAUGCAAAUAUAUUGGAAUAUGAGCAAGAUCAUGAUUGGCCUAAAAUAUGGAAAGCUAGCCUAAAGAAGAAUCCAAAUGAUGCAACUUUGGUUUCAGGUCUGGUCACCUAUCUUCUUAGCUGUCCAGAACAUCCCGUUGUGAAGCUACUGAAGAAGCUCCAGUAUCAAGUGUAUAACAGGCUGUACCCCAUAAUAAGCCAAACUGUUCCUCCAAGCCCAAUGCCUGGCCACUCUAUGCCUUUAAAGCCUUCAUACAGUGCACAGAGCCUGCUGCUCCCACAAAGUCCGCCGAGGCAGCUCAAGCCUGGCCUAAUCCACAGCCUGUCAGACGCCUCCAUCUCACUCUCACCACUCCCCGACCUCAACGCUAACAACACGGCAUCCAAAAUAGAUGCAGAAGAGUUCCCAACCCCAGUCCCUCCGGACCGGGAGAACUCUUUUGAGGAUCUGGAGCAGUAUAUGACCCAGCUGGACUGGGCAUCAGCUUGUACAGAAGACACAGUCUCUGAUGAGACCUUUGACUUGACCCGCAGUGACAAGGAAGCUCACAUUCAGGACCUAGAGGAGCGAGCUUUGAAAGAACACCUGAAAGCCACAGUCAAAGACAUCCACAAUGCCAUUGAUCGUCUGCUGUCUCUGUGUCUGCUUUCUUUUGAAUGUCUCAACACUGCAAGCUCCAAAGACCAGUGUGUAGCAUGCAUAGAGGAGGUCUUCUUCACCCCAAUAUGGGGCCCUCUACUGGCACUCUUUAGGAAGGUGCAUCGAGAUCGAGAGCUGGCUUUUGAGAGCAGUGUUCUCCUGUACCGUAAUGUCUCUCCUGGUGAUGUUGGUGUAGCAGACAAACUGUUUCCCAAAGACCCCGCUGUUCUGCAUGGUUCCUACCCAUACGAGUCUGCAGUGCAGGAACUAAAACUCCUGUGUAAGGACUGCUGUCCUCAGAAGAAGCUAGAAUGCAUAGUGAGAACCUUAAGACUCAUUUGUGCCUGUGCCGAGCAUUACCGUCUCCUUCAAGAGAAUGAUCCAUCACCCAAAACAGCAGCCAUUGGAGCAGAUGAUCUGCUGCCUAUUUUGUCAUAUGUGGCCUUGCGGAGUGAACUGCCUCAGCUAGUCUCUGAAUGUGCUGCAUUGGAAGAGUUCAUCCAUGAAGGGUAUCUGAUUGGGGAGGAGGGCUACUGCUUAACCUCAAUGCAGAGUGCCCUGACGUAUGUGGAGUCACUGCACCUGGGUGGAGCUUUGCAGCUGGCUGCCAAACCUACCUGAGUCAGUGGUAAGGAGGUACACAUUUUUGCAGACUGCGUGCUUUUCCCCUUCAGUCCUUCAGUCCAGGACAGAAACUUCUCAUCCUUCCUCCUCAUCAGGGUUGCAACAUUAAACACCUAUCAUCCAUUCAGCACAGAUUGUAGAAGGGGUUACACAAAGUGAGUCUGGAGCUUUCCAGCCUCAAAAGCGUGAGAGCUCUGAAUCCUGCUGUGUUGCAGAGUUACAUCCCAAAUGGUCUCGGGUUAGAGGAAUGGAAUCGGGUUGAUGUUAUGAGGGAAUUGUUUUGACCGUUUCUCAUUUAAAGGAAAAAAUGAAAUCAAAUCGCGUGCCUAAUUUUAUUGUCUCUUCAUCGUAUUCUGUUUUCCUCAUAAUGUAGUUGUUUGAAGUGCUUUACUGUGAGUGAAUAGAAAACUAAAGCACUACAAUCAUUUGCUUUUUUUAAUUACCCAGACUAGUACAGAUAGCUUCUCAAGAAGUAUAAUAGCAUAAUUGUUCUGUUUAAAAUGACUCAAGGACAGUCGUGUGAAGAGAUUGCUAUGACUAACUUGACUGCAAAUUGUGCCAUUUAAGUUUAUUUUAUCAUUGUGUAAACCCUGAAGAAAAAGUUAUGACCUGCUAUUUCAAUGAGGGAAAAACAAGGGAGUCUGUUCACUUCUGGCACAGUAUAGUUAAUGCAAUUGAGCACGUUUCAGACAAAUAUCAUCCAUCUAACUUGAUGAUUUUGGGGGCAUAUAUGCUUUAGUGAAUGAUGUUCUGCCAAGUCAUUGAAGGUUGGAUAAUAAAUGGAAUUUCUUGAGCUAUCCACAUCCUGAUCUUGAAAAUAGAAUAGUAUGAGAGAUAUGCCAGACACUUUAUUUUUCUUUCUUUUUGACUGUGGUAGGUGACCUGGAUCAGCACUGGAUCAGCACUUUGAGAAGCUUAACACAUGGUCUUGGACUGCAUAUUUACGCAUUCAUUAAAUAUUAUCUUUAAGGUUCCUAUACUACAUUAUACAGAUUAUAUAACAUUGCACUUUGUCUCUUUUUUUCUUACAUACGUUAUAUUGUUUGUAUAUGCAAUUAUAUAUAUAUAUAUAUGUGUGUGUGUAUGUGGUCCUGUUUACUGUAUUGCUGCUUUAAAAUGUUUUACUAAAGUUCCUGAUAUUUACUGUUUUACAAAAAAGUGUUAUUUCAACAUUUCAAAAAAAAAAAGUAAGUUGUAUCAAAAGAAAAGCAUUUUGAAAGGAUAACUUUGGUAGUUUUGCCAACAUUCACUUUCCACUAGAAGGUUUAGUUUUUAUACUUUUUUAAUGUGAUGACUUUUUGAUGCAUCAGUAUAUUUAAACUGAAUGGUGAGGCUCAAAAAAAAAAGGCUUAAUGUGUACGAAUAUGAAAUGCUGGCAUUGCUGUACCAUCUAUCUAAUGUAAAUAUAUAUCUAGCCUAAUGUAACAUCUGUCUAAUAUAAAUAUGUAUUUAUGUCAUUUUGUGUUGUAGUUUAUGUGGAUCACUGGCUGCAAUCAUGUCAAUCAGUUGUAUGUUUUCUGUAUUGCUUCUGCUAAUAAUCUUUAAUGUGAAUUUGUUGAAAAGAAUUCAUGGGAGUGUGUGGUAUGUCUUGGAUUUUCUAAUAAUAAAAACAUCAGUAACCUUUA